GUUUUAUACUGAGACACCGCAGUGUUGUGGCUAGUGGACAGCUGAAACCAUGCUCAAAGCAAUUAACAAGACAAAUCUGAGACAGUUGACUGGUCUCAUCCAGCGGUUCCAGAGCACCCUGGUUGUAGCAGAGCACAACAAUGACACAUUGACCCCCAUUACACUCAGCGCGAUAACUGCUGCCAAUAAACUAGGAGGAGAAGUGGCAUGUUUGGUUGCUGGGACAAACUGUGUGAAGGUUGCAGAGGAGCUCACGAAGGUUCAUGGUGUGAAGAAGGUUCUGGUGGCUCAACAUGAUGCCUAUAAAGGAGCACUGGCUGAGGAGUUGACCCCACUCAUUUUAGCAACCCAGAAGCAGUUCAGUUUCACACACAUCUGUGCUGGAGCAUCUGCUUUUGGGAAGAAUCUGCUGCCCAGAGUGGCUGCCAAACUGGAUGUGGCUCCCAUUUCAGACAUCAUUGAGAUUAAAUCCCCUGACACCUUUGUCAGAACCAUUUACGCUGGCAAUGCCCUGAGCACAGUCAAGUGUAAUGAGAGCAUUAAGAUCUUCACUGUCAGAGGGACGUCCUUUGAACCUGCUGCAGUGGGGGAUGGCAGUGCCACCACAGAGGAAGUUUCCCCUUCUGAUACUGCUGGUGUGUCUGAGUGGGUGGGCCAGAGCCUGACCAAGAGCGAUCGCCCAGAACUCACCAGUGCCAAGGUGGUCGUGUCCGGAGGGAGAGGUCUGAAGAGUGGGGACAACUUCAAGCUGCUGUAUGACCUUGCUGACAAGCUCAAUGCUGCAGUGGGUGCGUCCAGAGCGGCCGUGGAUGCCGGCUAUGUUCCUAACGAUAUGCAGGUCGGACAGACCGGGAAAAUCGUGGCUCCCGAACUGUAUAUUGCUGUUGGCAUCUCUGGAGCCAUCCAACAUCUGGCUGGAAUGAAAGACAGCAAGACCAUUGUUGCCAUCAAUAAGGACCCAGAGGCACCCAUUUUCCAGGUGGCUGAUUUGGGUUUAGUUGCUGAUCUGUUCAAGGCUGUGCCAGAGAUGACUGAUGCUUUGAACAAGUGAACUUCCAAAACAGUCCGAUUGCUGAACCGUGACUCUUCAGGGACCUCUAUCACACAUGGCUUAAGAACUCUGUAGGUGCCAGUGGAGAAGUUCUCCAAAAGACUUACGCUAUCCUGACAAACUUCAAAACCCAUUCCUUUGACAGGCAACAUCCACAAACGCAGCUAUUUCACAAAGUUAAAGAAAACAUGCUUGGCAUGCAGCAUCUUUCACUCCUUCACCAUCGAACUGUGUGGCCACUUGGUUUUUGGUUUUAGCUCAGUGAUCUUUAUGACCUAUUUGUGUGUUGAGUUAUAUCAGAUUUGUUGGUACUGUACUAAACUAAAACUGCUUGGCGUGGGGAUGGCUGUGGGAAUGGAGUGGGAAAACUCUGUUAAAAUAUAUAUAUCAUGUAUUGUGCUUAGUCUACACUUAAUACAUAUUUCCUCCUUUAAUCUUUUUGUGUGUAAUUACAUAGUUUACAUCAUGUAAUUAUUUUGGUGUAGUUCCAAUAAAAACCAGAGCAAAUGUGGACAUAGUAA